UGUAUUUGGGUUCCUCCUGCCUGGGAGCAGUCAGGGGGUCUGAAGCUGGCAGAGGGGCUGAGAGGGUCAGGCUGUUGGUGUGAGAAUCUCCUGCUUGUCCUCUCUUGGCCCAUUGGGUUGCUGCUUGAGGAUCCAUUUGUUAAACUAAACCUGUGGGCAUCAUGCACAGCAAUCAGAGAGGAACUGUCAAGUGCUGCUGAUAAACACAGGCUGUUUUCCAGACUGCAAAAACUGUUGUUGUACAUGAACUCUAUGCUGGUGCUUUUUCCUAGUCCAUUUGGGGGUUUGCAGGGGAGUUCUGAGCUGCAGCCAUAAAUAUCUGGCCAUCUUUUAAAAUCUGUGACUUGGGACUGGCAGCAGAAUGUCUCACCAAGAUGCUCUGUCGGUCUCAAGCACCUUUUUCUAGGAUUCUGGGAAAGGUUUGCCAAGAUGUGCCAGGAGAAUCCUCCCACUGAGUCUUUUCACACAUUUCUCUUUCUUUUUAGGUUCUUCUAGAUAUUACUGGAAUGUAACUGUAGAGGAAAAUGUUCAUUUCUAACUCGGUUGUGGGCUUUUAAUCAGACUCGGAUUUCUGGAAAUGCUGCAACAUGACUUCAGCUGGGAAUGAGAUAGAAAGAUGGGCUCAGAGGCAAGGUGGCAGAGCUGGGAAGCUGGUGGAGCCUGUGGCCUCUCCUGAAAAUGAUCAUCUUUUGUCAGUGAAGUCAGUCAGCAGCAUGGAGCAUCUCCUGCACCUCCCUGGAAGGGCAGACUCUGCUUACAGCUCUUUCUCAGGAGGAUCAAACAUCCCAGAGAACCCCACACCAUCAGGCCAAGGUGAUUAUUUCUGUGUGCCUCCAGAGCAGGCCCCGUACAUGGACUCAGAAUACGUGACAGGAAUUUAUAACCUCAGUGCUGCCCACCCUGCCCUCAGAUCCCCCCAGGCAUCCAAGGCACCAGAGCCGAGCAUCCCCAACAGCUCCCACAGCUGUGGAGUUACUCCUGCCCAAAGGACUUCAAAUCAGGGCCCUGCAGCCCUGGCAGCUCCUCUGCUGUCCCCUCCCAGGUGUCCCAAGAGCUGUAACAUCACUACCAGGCCCUUGGACACGCCAAGAGAGAGAAGAGGCUCUGCAGGGCACACUGAGGGCAGCGGGCAGCCAGCCCCUGGAGCGCAGCACAUGGAGGGACCAUGGGGCCAGCACUGGGAUGCACUCACAGAGCAGCAUGCAGGGCCUCCUAGGGAAAAGCCUCUGGAAAACAAGGGCCUUUCUUCUGAUUUCACAAAGGUAUCAAAAGUUCAGCCAUUAAAGACAGAGGAAAAUGGAGAGUGGAGACCAUCGCAACAACCUACAAAGAGAAGCAAACACAUUUUCAGGAGACCUUCUUCGUUCAUUUUUCAAGAAUAUUUAAAGACAGACUCUGUGGUGAAUGUCCCCAAAAUACUUUCUGCAUAUAAUUCAGGUCAUGGUAACAAAAUUCCCAAAGAGAUGAACUCCAAAUCCUAUCACCAAGCACAUUCCAAGCCCAGUGCUGUUAAUGAUACACAGGAAGUCAAACAGUGUCCCAGGGGUGUGUGUAGGGCAGGUGCCAGAGAAGCAGCUCUGCCAAGCACUGUGCCAGGUUCCAGCCAGAGGAAAGAGUCCCUGCCCUGUGCUCAGGGCCCGCUCCAUGCUGAGUGGAGUUCAGACAUGGAUCAGGAUGUGUUUGAGGACAGCUCAGAAUUAAAAUACAUGGAGAAUGCUCUUCUAAAUAAAAAUGCUCCCAGGAAGCUGAACAGUUAUGCAGACAAAAAUCAGUGCUGUGAUUCUGAAGGAAAAAUUAUGAGCAAUAUUAGGGAAUCAGUCCCAAACCAGCAAAACAAAGUGCAGAGAUCACCACUGUCCUGCAGCUGCAGUGCUGUGGAAGUGGAGCACCCUCAGUGUGAGGAGCUGGACCAGGGAAGGAAGCAGAGCUGUGAUGAUGGCACAAGCCAAAAGGCUUCUUUCAGACCAAAGGAAGAGUCCACAUCUCAGUCAUUAAAAGAAGUGCAGAAAGGAAAGCAGGGUAACAACAGCAGUCCUGACCUCAGUAUGUGUCUGGAGCAAGAGGAACCUCCUGCUCAGAAACUGCAGCCUGUAUUUCAAACACAGCUCUCAAGACAGCUCUGGUUGGACCAUGCUGGGGAACAAAUAACCAGGCAGGCAACUCCCAUGCUUUACUAUCUGUCUGCAGGGAGAACCACCAGUGUCCUGCACCCCAGCAAGGACUCAAGGAGCUCACCAAAGGAAAUUCCAUCAGCACAGUGUCUGGAGAUACAAAGAGAAGGCCAUCAGCCCCAGAGGAGCAGCCACCACCACCAGCACAGUGCUGAUGAUCUCCAGCUUCAGAACAAAGAUCUCAUUUUCAGGAGUCCUGCCUCAUUCACAGAGGAGAGUUUACAGAAUGACUACAUAGAGAAACUUAAAAUGGCUCAGAAAAAGGUUCUCAAAGAAACCUCCUUUAAAAGAAAAGACUUACAGAUGAGUUUGCCUGUCAGACUGAGACAGAAAUCCUCUAAAAGGCCAUCCAUUGAACACCUUCGGUCUUUCUCAUUAUCCAGUGCAAGUGAGGAUGCCAAAUCUGUUCCUUGCUCCCCUUCCCAUCUAGAAUCCUUGGAAAGUUUCAAUAGAAAUGAAGAAAUAAGGAGGCCACAAAAAGGUCAAGCAGGGGGAAGGAAAAGGGUAACCCAAGAGCAAAAGAAACUGUGCUACUCUGAGCCUGAGAAGCUCAAUCACCUAAUGGAUAAGGAAAUAUCAUGGAGUCAAGUUAGGGAUGAAACCACUGACCAAGGCACAGUGGCAUCCAGGAGAAGGGAUCUGGAGAACAGAGGAAAGGCAUUCUCCAGCUCAAGUGUCUCCAGGACAGAGCUGAAACAAAUCCAGCACAGUGCACUGAUCAAAUACAUGGAACGAAAGAUCAGUCAAAGGCCAGGGGGGUCACAACACCUCCCACUGCAUAAACCACCCCUGCAGGAGAGGCUGUCAAAUCCCAAAGGCCCUCCUGGCCAGAUUUCCAACCCAAAUGGAAGCAGGAAGAUGCAAAAUGAUGAGGUUUUCUGCCAACCUCUCUCUGAACAGAAAUCACCAGAUGUUUUUCCUCCUUUGCCUUCUGCUCCCCCACGGAACGGGAGCAGCAGGUGUGAUCCCAACCAAGGGGACAGGAGCUGUACCAGCAAGUGUCCAUCUGCUGAAAGCCUCCCACAGGCAGGGGGCUCUGCAUCUGGGAGAGCUCCUGAGAGACCAAAAUCCACUCCUUCUUCCAUGCAGGUAAGACACCAAACCAGUACCUGA